GACGAGCCGGACGGCGAGCCUCGGUGCCGGGUGGGCCGCCUCUGCCUGUUCACCUUCAAGGAGGACGGAGCUGCGCGGCCGCUGGUCCAGGUCCAGAGGAGGGACACCCCUGCCGUCCUGGACAUGCAGUGGUGCCACGUCCUGGUGGCUGGUCAGGCCCUCCUGGGUGUGGCCGACGCCAGUGGAUCUGUGCGACUGUUCGGCCUGAUGGGCUCAGAGAAGAGCAGCUACACCCUGCAGCCGCUGUGCAGCGCUGGCCGCGAGGAGCCGAGCCUGGCCUUGUCCCUUGACUGGUCCACAGGGAAAGCUGUGAGGGCCAGUGGCCAGCCCCUGAGGAUCAUCAGCAGUGACUCCAGGGGGAAGCUGUGCCUCUUGGCAGUGAGUGAGGCGGGGCCCGGUCUGCAGGAGGUGGCCACGUGGCAGGCCCAUCGCUUCGAGGCCUGGAUUGCUGCUUUCAAUUACUGGCAGACAGAAGUCCUGUAUUCAGGCGGUGACGAUGGGCUCCUGAAAGGCUGGGAUGCCAGGGCACCCUGCACGCCCGUGUUCACCAGCAAGAGACACGCCAUGGGUGUGUGCAGCAUCCACAACAGCCCCCACCAGGAGCACCUGCUGGCCACUGGCAGCUACGACGAGCACGUCCUCCUGUGGGACACGCGGAACCUGCAGCAGCCACUGGCGGACGUGGCCGUGCAGGGCGGGGUGUGGAGGCUCAAAUGGCACCCAUCCCACCCCCACCUGCUCCUGGCUGCCUGCAUGCAUGGUGGCUUCAAGGUCCUGCAGAGCAGGGUGGCUGGAGACAAGCAGGAAAUGACGGUCUUGAUGUCCCAGGAGCUGCCCAAUUCGCUGGUGUACGGGGCCGACUGGUGCUGGCUCUCUUGCCCCCUGCAGCCAGCCCCCUCCAUGCUUCACAGCGACCCAGGAGCCAGGCCGUUGGAGCAGGGUUACAGCCUGAAGCCCACAGGCCAAGCCCCAGGGCCCCCUCUCGCAUGCUUAGCAGAUGGCGACACAGAGGGCCGUGCCAAAGCCCAGUGUGGACUCACGCUGCCUGGAGCAGAGGACGCAAAGGACUGGGUAUACCAGGUCACCGCAGCCCAUGACAGUGACGUCCCCAUGGAAGGCGCGAACUUCAACACUGGCCUGCUGGCCACCUGCUCCUUCUACGACCACACUCUCCACUGCUGGAGGUGGGGGCUGUGAGCCAUCCAACUCUACCAGUAGCCUCGUGGGUGCGGGGGCCUGCACUGAGGAUGGGCAGAGCGCUGUCCAUGUCUUGAAUAAACCUUCACAGGCUGCGGAGAGCUGGCAGUAACCAGGAUAGGCCAAUCCCCAGCUCCCAGCGUCAGCCUUGCAUUCUGAGACGAGCCCU